AUGCCGUGGCGUGAGGCAAGCGGACUUGGAGGGGCGCGCGGGGUACAAGGCUGCCCAUGCCAAACGGAGCUCCGAAGAUCGUUUAGCAGCUUGCAAAAGCUGCAAAAAAAAUUCAUGCGCAUGGCCACCAACUGCCCGUGGUUCGUGCGCAACUCUGACCUUCAUAGGGAUCUAGACCUCCCUACGAUAGCUAGUUAUUUCAAACGGCUCUCUAAAAGUUACUUUAAGAGAACCGAGUCUCAUCCCAACCCGUUAGUGGUGAAGGCGUGUUCUUACACGCCCAAUCCAAAUGUCAAUCCUAAUAGGAGACGACCCAGACACGUCCUUGACGACCCCGACGACGACAUAACGACGGACAACGCUCCCUAUGCUAGGGCUUUAGGGCUACACACCGAUGACACAAUUACAACGACACAGCGUCUUCGCCGGCGAAGACGAGCCGAGGUCCGAGUCUCGCAGGAGACGCCCCUAGGUAGACGUCACCCCGAUAUUCCUCGAGCCCUGGGGCUCAAAACCCUUAAUCAGGCGACGCUACGCGCUCGCCCCGACCCACCGGUGACGCUGUUCACCCGUAACCCAUCGGAAGACAUUUAUGAAUUAUUGUGUAUUCUCAAUAACAACAAUAUUCAAGUCAUUAAUUUGGAUUUGACGACACAGGAAAAUAAAGAUCGGUAUUACAGUUUUUUAAAACAAGGACUGGAUACAUCGGAAGAAAGGACGAGCUUGAUUCUAUGUGAACCACUGGAGUGCGAAAAUCUCCUAUUCGAGAUCACUGUAAACAAUUUCAUCCACCGCUCAAUACUGUACAUAUUCUUCUGGCCGCACGGAGAAGUGAGCAAACUCUUCCUUUCUGGCAUAAAAGAGGCUAUACGUGUCGUUGUUCUUACAAACCCUAGGAAAGCCGUGUUUCGCGUCUACUACAACCAAGCGUCACCUAACAAGCUGAACCACUUGACGCUGGUGAACUGGUGGGCGGGGCGUCUCUACAAGUCUCCGUCUUUACCGCCUGCAGAUAAAGUCUAUCACGACUUUCAAGGGAGGGUUUUCGACGUUCCAGUUUUGCAUGCGCCCCCGUGGCACUUCGUGAGAUACAACAACGACUCCACAGUCAAUGUGACGGGCGGCAGGGAUGACAAAUUGCUCGCGGUAUUGGCCAAGAAGUUGAACUUCAAGUAUAAAUAUUACGAUCCCCCGGAAAGGAGCCAAGGUUCAAGAAUAUCUGGGAACGGAACGUUCAAAGGAACCCUGGGGUUGAUUUGGAAACGCAAAGCAGACUUCUUUAUCGGAGAUGUAACUAUGACCUGGGAAAGACUUCAAGCGGUUGAGUUCUCUUUUCUCACCCUAGCAGACUCUGGGGCCUUCCUAACACACGCCCCUGACAAGUUGAGCGAGACUUUAGCCAUCAUCAGGCCAUUCCAAUGGGAGGUUUGGCCGUUGGUAGGAGCCACACUGCUCAUCACCGGCCCAGCAUUAUGGAUGGUAAUAGCCGCGCCAUCAUUGUGGCAGCGCCGGAAGCGAGACCAGCUUGAGCUAUUGAGUGAUUGCUGCUGGUUCACCACGACCUUGUUCUUGAGGCAAACAUCCACCAACGAACCGUCUAAAACCAACAAAGCCCGCCUCGUGUCCAUCCUUAUAUCGCUAGGAGCUACAUACGUCAUCGGAGACAUGUAUUCGGCUAACUUGACAAGUCUCCUGGCUAGGCCGGCCAAGGAGCGGCCUAUUGGAACACUGCAGGCUUUAGAGGAGGCUAUGAGGGAUAAGGGAUACGAGCUUGUGGUAGAGAGACACAGUUCUUCGCUAGCUAUUUUGCAAAACGGUACAGGGGUCUACGGUCGUCUCGCUCGACUUAUGCGUCGCCAGCGCAUUCAACGCGUACGGAACGUCGAAGUAGGCGUGCGCAUGGUACUGUCGAAGCGGCGCAUCGCCAUACUAGGAGGCAGGGAAACUCUAUACUACGACACUGAGCGAUUUGGUUCCCAUAAUUUUCACUUAAGCGAAAAGUUAUAUACGAGAUACUCUGCUAUAGCGUUGCAAAUCGGCUGUCCAUAUUUAGAGACAUUUAACAACAUAGUGAUGACUCUCUUUGAAGCUGGGAUAUUAGCGAAAAUUACGACAGACGAAUACAAGAACCUUCCAGAACAUUCGAGAAGGUCUGAACCUGUAACAGAAAGUGAAACCAAAGAGAGUAAUGAACCUAUGGAAAAUGCAGGAGCAGCACAGGUACAAUCCGAUUCGACGAUUGGUCUCGAACCGUUAUCUUUGACUAUGUUCCAAGGUGCAUUUUGUCUACUAGGCAUGGGAUACUUUUUAGCAGCCGUAGCCCUAGCUGUUGAAGUACAUCUAAAUCGUAGACGGAGGACUCAAAGAAGCACACAGCCGGCACAGAUAUCCACCGCCAGGCGUUCUGCUAGAAUGUUCUAUUUGAAACAACAAUUUGACAGAAUGUUCAGAAUUAUCUAUGUAUUCAUUGAUAGAGCUUUGAGACACGAUGCCCGAGAGUAAAGUAAUAAAAGUUUAUUGGAAAAUCGCUUUUAGAAGUUGCACGGACAUUAUAUAAAUACAUAAAGCGUUAGCUUAAUUGACAUACAGUGUUAUCCUUUUCCGCUCUAUAAAAUUUAAAAAAGAUUUACUCUCUUACCUGAGGAAACCUGCAUACCAGAGUUCUCUGAAAAGUUCUCAUAGGCGUGUGAAGUCUACCAAUCCGCACUAGGCCAGCGUGGUAGACUACGGCCUUAACCCUUCUCAUUCUGAGAGCAGAACCGUGCCGUGUAGCGGGCCAGUUAUGGGAUGAUGAUGAUGACUCUCAUGUCUGUCAAUUUAGUUUAUCUUAGAGAUUUGAGUACAACAGAACUGUCACCAUUAUGUGACAG